AGGUGCUAGAAAUCCAGGGUUUGAAAACCGAGGUGUCAAUUGUACGCUAAUGAUUACUGUUUUCUAUUAAAUCCACAAUCUGGAUCCCUUCACCGCCUCAGAGGAUCUAGAUACUUUUUCUAACCCCUCUGGAUUACAACCAAAUUAUGAUGAAUGUAAUACUAUACUACCUAGUGAAUCACACACAAAAAAUGUUUUACAUUACCAUAUAGUUGACCAAUAAAAUGGUCUGAUGGUGACGUGGACAAACUCUGUAUUCAUAUCCUGAAAGAAAGAAAUGAUCUCACUACAAUACGUUACUUGGAGAUUAUUCCACAUGAUAGGGGCCUGGUAAGAAAAUACAGAUUUACCCAACUCUGUGGAUACACGUGGAGACUCCAUCAUUAACCAGCCCUGGGAUCUACUGUUGUAAUCCCAGAUUCUAUAUCUCAACAAUGAUGUUAAGUAAAUUGGUAUCUUAUUGACUAAGGCUUUAUGAAGAAAAACAGCAUAAUGAAGUGACCUACGUGUUUUUAGCGAAGUCCAACCAACUUUAUGAUGAAGGAUACAGUGAUGUCAAAACUGUCAGAUGUUAUAAAACUAAGUGUUCUGCGAUAAAUUGGUAGCUGCAUUCAUGUAUUUAAUAUCACCAUAGUCUAUAACAGGAAUAAAUGAAAACUGAGUUAUCUGCUUUCUACAAUUUAAUGAAAGGCAAGACCUAUUCCUCUUUAGUCAUAUCUCAGUUUACCUUGUUUAUGGCCUUGUUGUUUAUGGCCUUGUCUACACAUAGCGACAUAUUAGCGACAUAUUUAAUUAUAUGAGAAAUGAAGACUCAGUUUUAUUUGGAACGGCAAGCCACACAAAAUAAAACAGGCCUAUUCAUAUAAUGAAUAUUAAUUUGGAGUGCAGAAAUGAUUAAAUAUUAAAGCAUUAGACCUUUCACUAAAGGCUUUAGUCAUACAAAAGUUAUUCUUAAAUCCAAACUGGUUCUCUAUCAGAUCAGUAAGAAUGUCUUCCAUGUUCAAGAAUGGCCUGUUGCUGUCCCCUGGGGAAUAGAGUGUGGAAGUGUAUGCUGUAUAGUGUUUGUCUAUGUCCCUACACUAACCUUGUCCCCAUAUCAUAACAUACUGACCUAAGAUCAUUGCUCCACAGUUAGUGCCAAGGCCUGUAAUCUCUCUCGCAAGAAUGGAACUCAUCACUGCUAUGGGGCUUUGGGAGAAUCUUUGUCCUUACAGCUGGCUGCAGACAGCAGUAAUGAAGAAAUACAAUUGAAAAAAGAUUUUACUCGUAUUCUGCACUUCAAAACUGGAGAAGACUGGAGAUCUAAAUUGCAUCAGGAUUAUGUGAAUCGCUCUGAGUUCUUUAAUAAUGGAACAUUGAGAUGGGACAGAGUUAUAGAAGAAGACAGUGGAGAUUACCAAUUGGAAAUACAUAAUUCAGAGGGAACAUUGUUGCGCAAAGUCAACAUGUUACUUGAGAUACAAGCCCCGGUGUCAGAGCCAGUGUUGUCUCACCUCUGUCUGCCUCAUGGAGAGACCGUGGUCACAUGCUCCUCAGAGGGAGAUGGUCUUCAGUACAGCUGGACCCUGAAUGGCCAGAAUCUGACCAGAAGUGUAGCUUAUGACCACUACCAGAACAGUGUCAUCAUACUGAAGAGUGAUGUGACAGAAACCCUGACCUGUAUGGUUCAGAAUAAAGUUAGCAGCAGCAACUCUACUAUUCAUCUACUGGCCUGCCAAGUUGUCUCUUCCCAGUUUCCUUCAGUAGCUGUGACAGUGUCUGUGGCUCUGACUGUUGGAACUCUCACACUUCUUGCACUGUUUGUUGGUAUUAACCAUCUAUGCAAGAAACAAAGAUCCAGAUUUGAUCAUUCAGAACGCUGUGACGAGGUUGUUGUUUACGCUGAUGUGAAAAUAAAUCAAGCAAGGAAGCAGAGGCCCCCAGACACAGAGACGGUGGUGUAUGGACAGAUCAAAAUGGCUGUAAACCCAGACGUGGCAGGAAGCCCAUAGACUCAAGGGUAGACAUUUUACCACAUGUAGCUUUGUAAAGCAGUAAAAAGACAAGGGAUGAGUGAACAUUAUGUGGAUGCACUGAUUGAGUAGAUGAGACAGACCAUCAAACUUAAAGACUAGUGUCAAAUAAACACAUCAAGAUGACAUCAUGCAUCAUGUAAGGAAUGCUAGGAAGAUGCACUGCAUGUAGUUUAGACUUUGUUAACAUGAAUUACUGUCUCAUUUUGUAUUGUAUAUUGUACAAUGGUAUAACAAUUUUAAAGUAUUUUGUAACUUUUGUUUAAAACCAUAAUAUUAAUGUUUCUCUAUUUCAAUGUUAGUGAACAAGUGAACGAAUGUGAACAUUUCCUGUAAACUCAGCUGCAAUAUCAUACUGUUAAUGUAAUGCUUUCUUUCUUUUUAGGCAUCCAUGUUGUUGUACGACUGUCUAUUUGAGAUCAAAUACUCAUUUAUAAUUGUUAUAUAAUAUAUUGUUAAUGAGGGGUUUUAAAU